AUAAGUGGGUAUGGUCUUUUCUGAGUGCUGACCCGCCCAAUCUCCCGUUAUCGCAAUCCGGGUCUCCCCCACUCACUCUAUCGACAAUGUGAUCCGGAUAAAACACCCAGAUAUCCAAUUUCAACUCUCCUCCAAUCCCCUUCUCCCACGUGUCACGCGGGCCCCAUACCCCGGCCCCACCCACUCAUUGCUUAUUCCCCCUUCCUCUCCACGCUCAAAUUCCUCACUCUGUGCUCUCUCGGCCGGCAGCAGCAUGAGCAAAAAACGGGCCAGAUCCACCCGGAAGACCCGAACCCGGACCCGGAAACCGAAAUUCCUCAGCCUCCGGCUCCAGUUCCCGGCGGAGCCGAAGCAGGAGCCGCCCGAAUCUCCGCCGCCGUGUGUGGUCCCAGAGCCGGAGUCGGCGACCCCGCCGGUCGUGGUCAAGGUCGAGGACUCGGCGGCGGAGGAGAGCACCGUCGCGUACGACCUCUUCUCCGCGGCGGAGAGCGACGGCGCCACCACAACCAUCACCGCUCUCCUCGGCGCCCCCUCCACCUCCGCCUCUUCCGGGGAGGGUCCCCUGAGAUUCUCGUACGGAUGCAGGGGAGCUUCGCUGGCCCGGACGGCGCUCCGUAGCAAGCAGAGAGACCCCUGCGAGGAGAAGUGGGUGUCUUACUCCGAAGUCACCAGCUGCGCCGCCGCCGUCCCCGCCGCCGAUCGGCGGCUUCUGUCGUUGAAGCUCGAUUAUCAGGGGAUCAUCAACGCUUGGUCCGACAAGGGCCCACUUUACAUUCAAACGGAAUCUCCUCAGACGGUGCCGGACAUAUUUAACGACGAUUUUCUAUCCAACGGGGCAUGGAGCGGGCGAGAGAGUAACAACAUGAGCUUGUACGUGGUCCCAGAAAUGGCGGCAAGCAAGUUCAGAAACGACCCCGAAAAGGCGGGGGAAGGCGGCGACGAGGCGGCAAUUGCGGUGGCGGGGCAAGUUCAAAGGGCAGCAAGCGUAUUGAGAUACAAGGAGAAGAGGCAGAAUCGGCUCUUCUCCAAAACCAUUCGUUACCAAGUCCGUAAGCUCAAUGCCGAAAAGCGUCCUCGCGUUAAGGGUAGGUUUGUUAGAAGAGAUUGAAGGACCUUUUUUGUUACGAGUACUUUUGAUUAAUUUGUUAUGCACCAAGUCAUAUGAGGAGUGCCCAAGGACUAUUAUAUAAUUGACUAAAGAUGAGGGUUGUCUAAUGAAAUUUUGGGUCUCAUAUUGCAAUUUGUAAAGGAAAUUAGGACUGUCCGCCAAUAAUGAUAAUGGCUCUUGUGAAAUAAAAUUACUGGGCGGACUUGUUAUAAAAUUUAAAAAUGAAUAAACUGGUAACUUUUGGGUAGUCACU